ACUACGUCAGAAGUACUGAACAACACUCUGGAAAGUUUAGAGGAAUAUUUGCCUUCUGAUGAAGAAAGUGAAGAAAGUUCCCAAGGAAAAACGAAUUCCAAAUCAGCUGAAACUCUAACUUUACGAUUAGAGCGAAUUGAAAAAAAUCCCAAAUUGUACAUCGGAGUGCCUGAUCAUGCGCUGUUCGUUCUUCGGUUACUUAGUAAAGCAGCUAAUUUGAAGCUUGAACAUAUUUAUCUGACCUUGGAGAAAAUUAAAAGGAAUUCACCGUUUGCACUGCUGGGAGAUGAAUAUGGCAAAUCUGACUCUUUCGCCAGUGAAGUUUUCAGGAAGACAGUACCUUUGAUGGCACAGUAUUUGAAGAGAUUUGUGUUCUGGCCCUGUGCUAAAACAAUCAAAUCAACGUUACCCAUACCUUUUCGGGCACGCUAUAGUCGCGUGCAGUCUAUUAUCGACUGCUUUGAAAUACAAAUACAGAAACCAACUGAUUCUGUACAUCAAUCUUGUUCGUGGUCAGAUUACAAGAAGUGUAACACUUUGAAAUAUCUGAUAUAA